AGAGAGCGGGCGAUCUGCGCCGAAAGGCCCGAAAGGCGCGGGGUGUGGAGCGGAGCGGAGCCGAGGGGCGGGCUGGGGCUUGGGCUUUUCGCCCCCGAAGCGCCGAGAAGAAAUCCUGUUGUUAAUAGCCAGACAUUGGAAAACACCUGUCAGUCAUGGCUGAGUUGUCACCUGAAGAAAUUCAGCUGAGAGCCCAUCAAGUUACAGAUGAGUCUUUGGAAAGCACAAGGAGGAUCCUUGGCAUGGCCAUUGAGUCCCAAGACGCUGGAAUCAAAACUAUUACCAUGCUAGAUGAACAAGGCGAAAAGUUAAACCACAUAGAAGAAGGUAUGGAUCAAAUAAACAAAGACAUGAAAGAAGCUGAAAAGAACUUGACAGAGCUUAAUAAGUGCUGUGGUCUGUGUGUCUGUCCUUGCAAUAGAACAAAGAAUUUUGAGUCUAGUAAAGCAUAUAAGACAACUUGGGGUGAGAACGUUGAGAAUUCAGGUGAUCACGUAAUAUCUAGACAACCAGGACGGGCAGGAAAUUACCAACCACAGACCUCAGGAGGACCAGCUGGAGGAUACAUAACACGGGUAACAAAUGAUGCCAGAGAAGAUGAGAUGGAGGAGAACUUAACUCAAGUGGGACACAUCUUGGGAAAUCUGAAAAAUAUGGCCGUGGAUAUGGGCACCGAGAUCGAUUCACAAAACAAGCAGAUAGAUCGGAUAAAUGAGAAGGCUGAAACCAACAAAGACCGUAUUGAGCAAGCCAAUGUAAAAGCCAAAAAGCUUAUUGAGAACUGAUAGCCAUUGCUGGUUCUUUUAGUCAGCUGAAAUAUUUUCUCAGUCUACAAAUAUCCUCAGUUUCCAAAGAAGAGAAGCAACUGUUCAGAAAGUGAAACAAAGCAGGACAUUAUUAUAUACAUAUUUCGCUUGAAAAUCCAGGAAAACAGCACAACAGAAAUGUAGCUUUCUUAUUCAUAUUCAUAUCCUCAGGGCUUCAUUUUCCUUGGUUUUGUCCUUUCUGUGAAAUAGUCUUUCCCCUUUUUUUCUUAUGGCAACUCAGAGAUGGAGUGCAGGACAACCAAUUAAAGGCAAAAGAGAAGGCACUCACUAGAUUUAAUUACCUCACUUAAUAUUGCAUGUCAUCACUGAAGUGGUUGAUGACUGAUUUUCAUGAAAUGUAUAUAUUUUUAGAAAUUAAGCUGCCCCUCUUUUUCAAAAUAUUUGAUUUUAUUACCAAGCUUUUCAUUAUGGGGAAAGAUGGUAAUGGAUAUAUUAUAAAGUAUACUUUCAAGCCAUAGCAGUUCUAAUUUGCAUGCAAAUUAGAUGAGUAAACCUACAAAAAGUAUAUAAGUGAUAUAUGCAACUCAACUUUUAAAUUAUUUCUCACUUUCACCUCCAAAAUUUUGGGCUUUUUGCUACCAGUCCUAAUUUCUUUUCCUUCUUUCACAGAAACUGUUGGUUAGUGGAAUUAGGGGAAGGGGCAACCCACAUAGCUCAGCACGGAGCUUCUGUUACUCUUAUCAUUUGGAAUCUCAUGAGAUUGCAGGGAAAUUAAUACAGGCCUUUAUACAAUCAUCCUAAAUUUCCACCAUUUUUUAAAAAAUGUGUCUCCAUAGGUAUUAAUACUGCUGAGAUUGCUCCGUGAAAUCUCUAUCUUUUAAAAUGUUUUAUCAGAAACAUAAACUUACUUCAUAAAAGUAUUCCUUAUAGAAAUGUGUUAUCCCGCUUAGUGUACACAAUCCAUGCAAUCUGUACAAACCUGUAGAGGGCAGCAUAUUGUGAUUUCAAUAUUUAUUAAAAGCAUUUGGGAGGUUUAAAAAAAUACAACAAAAUCAGGGCACAUCUAAGUUUGAAUGAAGUCAAAAGCCAUCUGCUUCCUAGUAAUGUUAAUAACAUUGUUUCAUAUUUUCUGUCUGGAAUAUACAAACAUUCUCACUCAUGCUUUCCAAAGAAAUCAGUUUCAAGCACAACUUUGCUUUAUUGUUAUGAAAGUUAAUCUGAAUUUGAUCCAAUUCACAAAUUUUUAAAUGGUGGUAUGGUUCUGCAGACACUACAAAUUGUGAUCUAUUCAAUGUGGGCUGCUGCUAUUUGCCAAGUUUUCUUUUUAAAAAAUGUUGGCAUGUAGCAGAACUAGGGAUCCAAGGGAAACCACUAUGUUCACUACUAAUAAGCUGUAUGCUGUUGAAUGGGUCACAUGUUGUAGUUUGCUGUAUAAGUGCUUGGCCUAGAGUUUACUUGUUUACUCCCAUUUCAGGAUUAAGGUUCUUGAUUUGGCUUUUCUAUCAUAUGUCUGUAGAAAUCACUAAAUUACAAAUCUACUAGAUGCCCAAUCUUUCUCAAAAAAGCUUUAAUUCUCUUCUGAUUAAGUAUCUACCAAACUGUUGAUUUAUUCAACAGCACAGUGCUUAGUAGAUCUUGUAUUUUAUUCAAAUUGAGGCUAGAAAAUUCUUCUAGUCCUUGCAUGUUUUGCUGCAAGUCUAAAAGGAUUUAGCUGCAACAAUCUAGAUACUAUAAAGAAACUCAAAACAA